AUGUCUUCAUCAUAUCUCCCAGCAACUACUGAUUCGAUUGCUCAGGCUUUAGAGGCCAAAGCCCCAUCUGAAGCCAUUUCUAUUCUUUAUCGCAUUCUUGAAUACCCAUCUUCUUCUUAUGAAGCUCUACGGAUAAAGGAACAGGCUAUCACAAAUCUGACGGAUCUUCUUAGACAAGAAAAUCGAGCAGACGAUCUUCGUAACCUUCUCACCCAGUUGAGGACUUGA